UUGCUUUACUGUUGCCCAGCGCGCUGAGUGUUGUCGACUCGACAGAUUUGAGUCUGAACAGGACAACGCGGACAGCAGAGAGAUGUGGUGGGUGCUGUGGGUGCUCGCCAUCUUGCUGGCUCUCUUCUGCAUUGUGGAUGUGUGGUACUUCCUGCGGGCCGCAGCGGUCAUCCUGCGGGCCUGGUUUCAGCCUCCAGUCUGGGACAUCACAGCGGAGCAGGUCCUAGCAGGCCGGGUCACUCCCCAUGACAUCGACAUGUGCCACAUGAACAAUGCUCGGUACCUCCGGGAAUGUGACUUUGCUCGCUUCUCUCUCUACAUGCGUAAUGGCGUGUUUAAGGCUGUGCGGGCCCUCAGGGCUUCAAUGGUGGUGGGGGCCACAACCAUUCGUUAUCGCAGGGCUCUGUGUAUCGGAGAGGGUUAUGAGCUGCGCAGUCGCAUCGUCACUUGGGACGACAAAGCCUUUUUCCUUGAGCAGAGAUUCGUGUCGACAAAAGAUGGCUUGGUGUGUGCCGUGAUGUACUGCAAGCAGAGUGUCAUACGCAGCAGCCCGGACAAGAUUCUGCAGCACCUGUGCAAAAGAAAGGUGGAGUGCCCUGAGUUUCCAGAGGAUCUUCAGCACUGGGUCAACUUCAUCUCUGCCAGCAGCCAGGCCCUCAGGGCUGAGAGCGGCCUGGAGGAGAAGAACAAAUAAAACCUUUCAUGGGCAGAUAUUAAAAGUGGCGUCUUGUGAGUCAGCCUGUUUACAAGCCCAGGAGGAAAGUCUUCUCCUAUUCAGAAUCUCUUCACUUGAACACACUUGUGCCUGCACUUUGUACAACAAGCUUUAUUUAGAUUCCAACAUUUGCAAAUAUAAAACACUCGAUUAAUAGCACACUACAUUAUUCUGAGAGGUUGACAGUUAUGGUAAAAAAAAUAAAUUAAAAAAAAUUAGAAAAUAUAAGUAAUACAGUUUUAUAAGGUGUGUUAUGAUGUGGUAUGACAGCAAUAAAAAAAAAUUCAGGAAAUUGGUUUGGAGUUUUUACUAUAACCAAAUGGGAAGCAAUUAAACUACUUUAUAUGAGAGUGUGUAUGUUGCAGUGUGAACAGGUGUAGCAGGGAAUGACAUCAUACUUGAGUGAUGGGAUGAUCACACAGUUUACAUGUUUGCAUGAUCAGAACCGCCAGGCCACAUCAGCCUUUGUAACAUCCACAGAUUUCAUGUAAAACUCAAAAAGUAAGCUGAAAAUUCAGUCAGAACGACUGUGUCAUGAAUGUUGCCUGGAUACUGAGUCAUAAAGCAUGUCACAAACACUUCUCAUGCACACGGCUGACUGGCGGUUACAAGUGAGAAGAGAUACAAUGCCAGGUUUUCUUGAUGUAAAAAAUAA